AUGGCUGCCUAUCGGCUUCACAAUGAGCGAAUGCAUCACAAAACAGUGAUGCUGAGCAUUCAUCGCCCGAAAAUCCAGACUGACAAGAAGAAGAAGAAGAAGAAGAAGAAGAAGAAGAAGAAGAAGAAGAAGAAGAAGAAGAAGAAGAAGAAGAAGAAGAAGAGAAGAAGAGACAAAUGA